AUGGCUUUACAAAGAACAUUAUCGAGACGUUCAGUCACUCGUCAAUCUUUGCUACAAAAGGAUGAGAAAUCAUUAAAAGCUAUUCAAAGUAAUCAAGGAGAAGAUGAAGAAGAAAUUGACCCAGCCACAUUGGAUUGGGAUGGUCCAGAUGAUAAAGAAAAUCCAAAAAAUUGGCCAACAUGGAAAAAAUGGGCAAUCACAAUGUCAACUGCUAUGAUUUGUCUAGAAGUUUCAUUUGGUUCCUCUUUAUAUGUUUGUGGUGUUCCAGAUAUUAUGAUGAAGAUGAAAGUUUCUCAAGAAUUGGCAAUUUCCGGUCUUACAUUUUAUUUAUUAGGUCUUGCUUUUGGUCCUGCCUUAGCUGCUCCAUUUUCUGAAUUAUUCGGUAGAAGAAUCGUCUAUGUUGUUUCUUUACCAGUCUCUAUGCUUUUCACUAUGGGUGUUGGUUUAUCUUCACAUAUCCGUGAUAUUUUAGUUUUAAGAUUCUUUGCAGGUUUCUUUGCAUCUCCAGCAAUGGCUGUUGCUGGUGGUACUAUUGCUGAUAUGUGGGAUUUUGAAAUGAUGGGUCUUGCAAUGGCUGGGUUCUGUCUUGCUCCAUUCAUGGGUCCUGUUUUAGGUCCUGUUAUUGGUGGUUUUGUUGCUGAAAAAGAAGGUUGGAAAUGGACAAUGUGGGUUAAUUUAAUGUUUGCAGGUGGUAUUCUAUUACCUGUUCUAUUAUCUCCAGAAACUUAUAAACCAGUGUUAUUAAAGAAAAGAGCUAAGAAGCGUGGAUUAAAAUUACAAAAACCACAAAUUAGUGGGUUAGAAUUCUUGAAGUUCAUUAUGUUUAUCACUUUGAUGACACCAAUGAAGAUGCUUGUUGUGGAACCAAUUGUCAUGGUUUUCUCAAUCUAUAUUGCAUUUGUUUUUGCUGUCCUUUUCGGUUUCUUUGAAGCUUAUCCAAUCAUUUUCAGAGGUACUUACAAGAUGUCAUUAGGUGUUUCAGGUUUGGCCUUCCUUGGUGUUGGUGUUGGUUUAGUCUGUGGUACUAUCUUCUACAUCGUUAUUGAUCGUUAUAAAUUUUUCAAAAAGAAUGAAGAUGGUACUCGUGGUCCAAGAGAUGAUCAAAAUAGAUUAAUCUUGGAAGCUCCAGAAACAAGAUUAAUCAUUUGUAAAGUUGGUGCAAUUGCCCUCCCACCAUCAUUAUUCUGGUUAGGUUGGUCUUCAAGAGAAUCUGUUCAUUGGAUUUGUCCAAUCAUUUCAGGUGCGCUUUUCGGUUUUGGUUUAAUUUUAAUUUUCUUUUCAGUCGUUUUAUAUUUCUCAAUGUCUUAUCCACCAUUAUCUUUAGCAUCUGCAUUAGCUGCCAACAAUUUGUUCAGAUAUAUCAUGGCUUCUGUUUUCCCAUUAUUCACUGUGCAAAUGUAUCAAAAAUUACAUAUUGAUUGGGCUUCUUCAUUAUUCGCCUUCAUUGCAUUAGCUAUGGUUCCUGUUCCUUGGAUUUUUGAAAAAUGGGGUCCAGCUUUAAGAAAUAAAUCUUAUUAUGGUUAUGCUGCAAUGAUUAGAAGAGAGAAGGAACAAUCACAAAAAUUGGAAAACUUACAAAAUGAUGCUGAUGAAGAAUUCUUAAGAAAAGAAGGUGAUGGUACUGUUCAAAAUAGUUCAAGUGAAAGUGAAAAUGUUAAUGAAAAGGCACAUAAUAGAGUAUAG